GGCUGGCGGGGCUGCCGGCGGAGGUGAGGGCGGAGGGGCGGGGCUGCCGGCCUCAACGCCCGCUUCCUCCUGUGCGCACGCGGAGUGUCGUACCACGGCGGGGUCUUCCUCCUCCUCUGCUCCCGCGCUGGCCGCUGUGACGCUUGCUCUGCCCUCAGCGCUGCGAGCCAAGUGGCAGGAGCUGGAGGCGUCAGCGGGGGACGGCACCAAGCAGUUCCUGUUCGGCCUGAUCAAGACACGCCAAACCCGGCUGGAGGAGGAGGAGGCGUUGUACGGCAAUAGCGGCAGCGGCGGCGGCAGUGAUGGCGAUGUUGAUGCCGCGGGCGUGCGGCUGCCCCAGGGAGGAGGAGGAGGAGGAGGAGGAUGCGGCGCCCGGGUGUUGCCGGCUGG